CUACUUUUUUAAUUUUUUCACGCUGAACUUCUCUUCUCCUACCUCUCGCCGCUCCAUAUUCUCUUCUUCUCAGGUAAACUCAUCAAAUUAAUUCAUUUUCUUGCAAAACUUUCGUCCCUUACUACUUGAUUUACAUCAUUGGUUUCUCUGUUAUCAUUUUUCUUAUUGCUAUCAAUUGCUUCUUAUUCAUCAUGGAUUAAGCCUAUUAUUAUGAUUAUUAUUUUGAUUCUUCAUCGUCACCUAUUAUUAUUACUUUCUUAAUUGCUAUGUCAACAAGUGUGUGACUGUGAUUUUAGAAAACAACAUGGUGUUGGGUUUUGCUGUGUUUCGUUUUGUUCUGUUCCUUGUUGUAAGGCGGUUGCUGUGUAUGUUUUUUUUUGUGGGUUGUUUUUGUGUUAUUGGUGUGGUGUUAGCUAGGGUGUACAUGGGUUACGCAAAUCCGGUGAGAAAAGUGUUAUUCGUUGGUAUCUCUAUCUCCUCUGUUAGAGCAUUGAGUUAAGCUCAACACUUAUAUAUGCAGAAGAUAAUAUUCAAAUUCUAAACACUUCACUCCAUGUUCCUAUACGAGAUUCUCUAACUUUAUGGCGUCAAGAGUAAGGUACCUUUCCAUUUAUAUAGACCAUCAGAUUGAUCUAAUGCUUUAGAUAGUGCCACACGACUUUUCUUUUUUAAAAGUAAUUGAAAGUUAAGAAAAAAAAUAGUCACAUAACACACGGAACAACAACUCCAUCUCCCUCCGCCACCGUCGACCAAACCAACUGCCAUUAGAGAACCGUUGUCAACUCCGACCACCACAAUCACACCGUCGUUACCUCCCUCCGCCACUCUCUGUACCAAUAAAGUUAGAUAAUUUCGAUCCUCUACGCACAUCCUCAAUCAAUCUGUCCGAUCCCACAAUCACCACCGGAAAGCAACAAACACUCCGCCGCUAGCUGCACCGUAUUGAGGAUCGCGGGAGUUUAUCUAUUGUUGUUUUUUCAGGUCAUGGAUGUUCCAUUGCCCUUGGAUAAAUUAGCUUUAAAACUUAUUAGUAAUGAACCCUCCCCCGGAAACACAAGCAAUGGCAAGAUAUAUGUCGUUCUGGUAGCAACUGGAAGCUUCAAUCCGCCUACUUUUAUGCAUUUACGCAUGUUCGAGCUUGCAAGAGAUGCAUUGAAUUCCAAAGGUUACUGUGUAAUUGGAGGAUACAUGUCACCUGUGAACGAUGCAUACAAGAAAAAGAAUCUAAUAUCUGCUGACCAUCGAAUACAAUUAUGUCAUCUAGCCUGCAAAAGUUCAGAGUUUGUAAUGGUUGAUCCAUGGGAGGCAAAUCAAAGCACAUAUCAACGCACUUUAACUGUCCUGUCCAGAGUCCACGCGUCUAUUUGCGAGACAGGGUUGGUAUCUAGAGGUAUGCUUGACAGACAAGUCUUCAAUGAAAGCACUGUAGAAUCCCUCAAGGUCAUGCUUGUUUGUGGUUCUGAUCUCCUUCAUUCCUUUAGCAUUCCUGGAUUCUGGAUUCCCGAACAGGUUAAGAGUAUAUGCAGAGAUUAUGGAGUAGUCUGCAUUCGCAGAGAAGGACAAGAUGUUGAGAAGACUAUAUCUGAUGAUAAUAUUUUGAAUGAGAAUCAGGCUAAUAUCGAAGUAAUAGACGAACUUGUACCAAAUCAAAUCAGCUCAACAAGAGUAAGGGAAUGCAUUGCAAGAGGAUUAUCAAUAAAAUACCUUACUGCAGAUGAAGUGAUUGAUUAUAUCAGAGAACAUAAGUUAUACUUGAAAUCAGAUGAUAAAUAGUUCCUACAAACUGGAUAUCAUAUGCUUUAUUCGCUAUGCAAGAGUCGUUAAUUACAAAGCAUUAGGUCAGUUUUUAGUAAAUAGUUGAUUUGGUGUUGUAAACUUGCAGGUAAAUUAAUAUUUCAUAAUUCACAAGGUAAAUGAAAAAUUUAAGAGAAUUGUUGAA